ACUCCGCGCCCCGCGCCGCCGCCCAGUCCGCAGAUCCGCGCCACCGCGGCCAGUCUCACCUGGCGGCGCCGCCCGCCCGCCAACCCGGCUACAGCCCCAGCGCCCACGGCGACAGCCGCGGCGACCGCGACAGUGGUGGAGGACGCUGCUGAGUCGAAGAGCGCGCAGCUCGGCCGCCGGACCUACUUACUCGCCUUGCUGAUUGUCUGUUUUUACGAGUUUACAACUUUUCUAAGAACUUUUGUAUACAAAGGAACUUUUUAAAAAGGCAUCUCCCGUUUAUAUUUAGUCCAAAGAAGGAUCUCGGGCAAUUUGGGGUUUUUGGUUUUGGUUCGUUAAGUUUUUCUUUUUUCCCUCUUCGUUGACUUUGGGGUUUGGGUAACCCCACUGCUUCGGACUCCCGAGGACCUUCUGGGCCCCCACAUUAAUGAGGCAGCCACCUGGCGAGUCUGACAUGGCUGUCAGCGACGCACUGCUCCCGUCCUUCUCCACGUUCGCGUCCGGUCCGGCGGGAAGGGAGAAGACACUGCGUCCAGCAGGUGCCCCGAAUAACCGCUGGCGGGAGGAGCUCUCCCACAUGAAGCGACUUCCCCCGGUGCUUCCCGGCCGCCCCUAUGACCUGGCGGCCGCGACCGUGGCCACCGACCUGGAAACUGGCGGAGUCGGCGCGGCUUGUGGCGGCAACAAUCCUGCUCUCCUACCCCGGAGGGAGACGGAGGAGUUCAACGAUCUCCUGGACCUGGACUUUAUCCUCUCCAAUUCCCUGUCCCAUCCGGAGUCCGUAGCCGCCACCGUGUCCUCGUCGGCGUCAGCCUCAUCCUCGUCCUCCCCAUCGAGCAGCGGUCCUGCCAGCGCGCCCUCCACCUGCAGCUUCAGCUAUCCGAUCCGGCCCGGAGGGGACCCGGGCGUGGCGCCGGGCAGCACUGGCGGCGGCGGCCUCCUCUAUGGCCGGGAGUCCGUGCCCCCUCCCACAGCUCCCUUCAACCUGGCGGACAUCAACGACGUGAGCCCGUCGGGCGGCUUCGUGGCUGAGCUCCUUCGGCCCGAAUUGGACCCAGUGUACAUUCCGCCGCAGCAGCCGCAGCCGCCAGGUGGCGGGCUGAUGGGCAAGUUUGUGUUGAAGGCGUCGCUGAGUGCCCCUGGCAGCGAAUACGGCAGCCCGUCGGUCAUCAGUGUUAGCAAAGGCAGCCCGGAUGGCAGCCACCCGGUCGUGGUGGCGCCCUACAGCGGCGGGCCACCGCGCAUGUGCCCCAAGAUCAAGCAGGAGGCGGUCUCGUCGUGCACCGUUGGUCGGCCCCUAGAGGCCCACUUGGGCACUGGACCCCCUCUCAGCAAUGGCCACCGGCCGCCAGCGCACGACUUCCCCCUGGGGCGGCAGCUCCCCAGCAGGACUACCCCGACCCUGGGUGCUGAGGAACUGCUGAGCAGCAGGGACUGUCACCCUGCCCUACCGCUCCCCCCGGGCUUUCAUCCCCACCCGGGGCCCAACUACCCACCCUAUUUGCCGGACCAGAUGCAGCCACAGGUCCCACCGCUCCAUUACCAAGGUCAGUCCUGGGGAUUCAUAGCUCGGGCUGGGGAGCCCUGCGUGUGCGGGCUCUCCGGGGCGCAGGGACCGAUGCUGACCCCACCUUCUUCACCCCUAGAGCUCAUGCCUCCCGGUUCCUGCAUGCCAGAGGAGCCGAAACCAAAGAGGGGGAGAAGGUCGUGGCCCCGGAAAAGGACAGCCACUCAUACUUGCGAUUAUGCAGGCUGCGGCAAAACCUACACGAAGAGCUCUCAUCUCAAGGCGCACCUUCGAACCCACACAGGUGAGAAACCCUACCACUGUGACUGGGACGGCUGUGGGUGGAAAUUUGCCCGCUCCGACGAACUGACGAGGCACUAUCGCAAACACACCGGGCACCGCCCCUUCCAGUGCCAGAAGUGCGACCGGGCCUUCUCCAGGUCGGACCACCUCGCCUUACACAUGAAGAGGCACUUCUAAAUCCCCAAACAGUGGAUAUGACCCACACUGCCAGAAGAGAAUUCAGUAUUUUUUUUUGACCUUUCACAGUCUUCCCCCCACCCCCCCGCCGCGGGCGGGGGUUGGGGGGAAGGAACCCAGCUGGAAAGCACUACAAUCAUGGUCAAGUUCCCAACAAGCCAACUUGUGAAUGGAUAAUCAGGAGACACAAACCAGAAGACAAAUCAAAGAACCGAUGGGGUCUGUGACUGGAUCUUCUAUCAUUCCAAUGCUAAAGCCAACUUGAAUAUUCUUGGACUUACAAAACACCAAGGGGGUGACUGGAAGGUGUGGAUAUCAGGGUAUAAAUUAGAUCCAUGAGUUGGGGGGAGGGAAGACCAGAAUUCCCUUGAAUUGUGUUUCGAUGCAAUAUAAGCAUAAAGAUCACCUUGUAUUCUCUUUGCCUUCUAAAAGCCAUUAUUACGAUAUUAGAAGAAGAGGAAGAAAUUCAGGUACAGAAAAUGUGUUUUUAAUAACCUAAACGAUGGUGCUUGGUGAGUCUUGGUUCUAAAGGUACCAAAUGAGGAAGCCAAAGUUCUCAAACUGCUGCAUACUUUGACAAGGAAAAUCUAUUUUUGUCUUCCGAUCUACAUUUAUGACCUAAGUCAGGUAAAUACGCCUGGUUUAUUUUAACAUUUUUAUGCAGACAGUCUGUUAUGCACUGUGGUUUCAGAUGUGCAAUAAUUUGUACAAUGGUUUAUUCCCAAGUAUGCCUUAAGCAGAACAAAUGUUUUUUUCUAUAUAGUUCCUUGCCUUAAUAAAUAUGUAAUAUAAAUUUAAGCAAACUUCUAUUUUGUAUAUUUGUAAACUACAAAGUAAAAAAUGAACAUUUUGUGGAGUUUGUAUUUUGCCUACUCAAGGUGAGAAUUAAGUUUUAAAUAAACCUAUAAUAUUUUAUCUGAA